AUGGAGAGCAAUCAGGACAGUCUACAGCAAUGGUCUAUAGCCACUACAGCCUCAGUUACGGUGUUGGCCUUCGUGUCAGUAUGUCUUCGACUACUCGCCCGUUAUGAGCGGAUGCAAAAGCUGUGGUGGGAUGACUAUAUGGUUAUCUUUUCUAUGUUUCUGAUCAAACAUAAGCUAUGGAACUUCAUCGUUGUCGGGUUCAUCUUCGCCAUGAUUCAGAAGGGAAUGGGACUUCAUGCAAGCACCCUUCCCAUGGAAAACGUGAUCAUGAUCGCGAAAUAUCUUGUUGUGGCCGAAGUUCUCUACGUCUUCAACCUGGUAUGGACCAAGCUGAGCAUUCUGCUCAUGUACUACCGGAUCUUCCGCUUUCCUUACUUCAAGACAUGGGCAUACAUCAUUGGAAUCUUUGUUAUCCUUUGGGUUAUCUGUAUAACCUUUCUCUUCAUCUUCAUUUGCGUCCCCGUCCAAAAACUAUGGUAUCCCCAACUCCCAGGGCGGUGCAUCAACCAGGUUGCCACAUGGGUCGCCAACGCCGUCUCGACGAUCGCAACCGAUUUUGCUAUUCUCCUCCUUCCGAUCCCACAAGUAUGGAAGCUUCAACUUCGAAUUUCGGAAAAGAUAGCCGUUUUAAUUGCCUUUAGCUUGGGAUUCUUCGUGGUCUUCGCCUCCGCCUACCGUUUCUCGGUCCUCUUCAGCUACACUGCGCUUGAUUCCUCCUACACUCUCGCCCCAACGGUUGGCUGGACCGCGAUCGAAAUGUCUGCCGGCAUCGUUUCGGCCAACCUCCCCACCAUCCGCCCUGCUUUUCGUUUCAUAGCGCGCAUGCUGGGUAUCCACGGUAGAGUUAUGGCUCUCUUCAAAAGUACAAACAGGACAACUGCCAAGAAUUCGGACGCUGUCACUCAGCCUUCAGGAGCAGGGGAGUCCAAUUCCACCAUCCUGCAGCACAACAAGCAUCCGAAACGACAUUCUUUCUAUCACCUACCAGAUGAUCCUAACUCAGUAGGAGAACAGGCACAAAUAAAUACCUCGUUUAGGCCGGACUAUGAUAAGGUGAAGAUGUACACCAAUGUGUUGGGUUCGAGGGUUGUUGAUCAUCCUGAUGGGGAUCAGAUUCCCCUGACUGAGAUUAGAGUCGACAAGGAGUUUACGCAGACUACGUGCUAA